UGCGCGAGGAAUCGAUUACGUGGAGCGUGCCGAUGGAGUCGGUUCCACGUUAUAUAAAAAAGUGAUCACGAGGAAUCGAAUCGAUCUCAAAUCUCCGUCUCGCGCUUUGUUUGGGGGUGUUCAGCGACCCCUCAUCAUCAACACCAAGCCACCUCAUCAUCAUCAUCGACGACGCCUCCUCCUCCUCGUCUCCUCGUCUGUUGCUGCUCCUCGUCUCCGCAGAGAUGUGCGGCUGUAUACUGGGGCAGCUGGCCUGCUGCUGCGGCCCGGCCGCCUGCUCGCUGUGCUGCAGCUGCUGCCCGGGCAUCAAGACGUCGACGGGCACGCGCAUCAUGUACACGCUGUACCACGUGCUGGGCACCGCCGCGUGCUGCCUCAUGCUCUCCCCCACCGUCUCCGAGUUCCUCAAGGAACACGUCCCAUUCUACGCCGAUCUGUGCCACUCGAUCAACGCGGGCAACGACUGUGAGCGGCUGGUGGGCUACUCGGCCGUCUACAAGGUGUGCUUCGGCAUGGCGGUCUUCUUCUUCCUCUUCUCGCUCUUCCUCAUCAAUGUGAAGAAGAGCAGCGACUGCAGAGCCUCCGUGCACAACGGGUUCUGGUUCAUAAAACUGGUGGUGCUCAUCGCCAUAUGUGCUGGGGCCUUCUUCAUUCCGGAUCAGGACAACUUCAUUAAAGUGUUCAUGUACGUGGGGGUCGUUGGAGGUUUCCUUUUCAUCAUCAUCCAGCUAAUUCUGCUGGUCGACUUCACACACAGCUGGAACAAAAACUGGACUUCCGGCAUCGAGAGAAAUAAGUGCUGGUACCUGGCGCUGGGCUCGGUCACGCUGGUCUUCUACAGCGUCGCCGUGGUCUCCUCCAUCCUCAUGCUGGUCUACUACACGCACUGGGACGGCUGCACGUUCAACAAGAUGCUCAUCGGCCUCAACGUGACGCUGUGCACCCUCGCGUCGGCGCUCGCCAUCUCUCCCUGCGUGCAGAAACACCAAAGCAAUUCGGGGUUGCUCCAGGCGUCCAUCAUCUCCUGCUAUGUCAUGUACCUCACCUUCUCUGCCAUCUCCAGUCGCCCGGCAGAGAACAUCGUAGUGGACGGGCAGAUCGUGAAGAUCUGCCUGCCGAGCGUCACCGAGUCCGGCCUCAAGGUGAGCGACGCGGCCGUGGCUGGGGUUGGCGCCAUCAUCAUGUACGGCUGCGUGCUCUUCGCGUGCCUCCGCUCCACCACUCGCUCCUCCACAGCCGCCCUGGGUGUCAGCCAGCCGUACAGCAGUGUCAGCACGAGAGCUGCUUGCUGCUUCUGCUUUAUCGACGAUGAUGAAGUCCCCGUGAACGAGGUGAACGAGGUGCAACAGGGCGGCCAGAAGGUGAUCCAGAACGAGUGCGACGCCGUUGUCUACAGCUACUCCUUCUUCCACUUCAUCUUCUUCCUCGCCUCGCUCUACGUCAUGAUGACGCUCACCAACUGGUUCAGCUACGACAACGCGCGGCUGGAGGUGACAUUCGUGCAUGGCAGCUGGUCGACGUUCUGGGUGAAGGCCGGCUCCUGCUGGCUCUGCCUCGCCCUCUACACGUGGACCCUGGUGGCGCCCAUCUGCUGCUCGAAGCGAGACUUCCAGGUCUGACGGCCGCCGGUGGUGGGGCUCUCGGCCCUCGGCCAUCCCCUUGACGGCUCCGGCUGUCGUCGCAACGAGGGGGCACGCUUCCCUCUGCCGGCGAGUGCGCGUGUGUGCCCUCGGCCCAGGAAAACAACACCCGACGGGGCCUUGCUGUGCCGUUCUGAAUUCUCUGCCUCGCACCCACGCGGACGCUACAGACAGAAUUAACGCUGGCCAGAGCGGGCAAGCUUUGGCCACACUUCCACUGAAUCUCCCUCCCUCCCUCACUCUCUCAAGCGUUGCCCCCCACACACAGCCGACGCCAGCAGGGAGGUCUGUCUCCUGGUGAGGUUGAAAUCGUGGUUGACCGUCUCGCGUCGCUAUUUCGGCUCGGGUUAAGGACUCCGCAAGACAGUGUUGGACGCUUUGCACACACACACAGACGACCGACAUGCAGUUGUAACACGGGUGGAAGGCCGUGUCGGCUGGGCGGACGACCUUGCGCGGACUCUUAACACGCCAUACUCUUACGUGGCACCGUGGAUACGAGACGGCCACCCAGCUUCCAGCGACGCUGCUGCUCCUGCUGCUCCUGCUGCCCAGUUGACGUACGGCUGCGUGGGUGGUGG